AGAGAAACCGGAGAGUGACGUCACUGCAGGAUUCAGAGAAAGUGAAACUUACCCGAUCAAAAACAACGUGCACUCCUGAAAUAAUCAAGCUUUAAACUAAUGUAUAUUUAUUGAGCCGUUCAGAAAUCACUGUGGAAACAUUUAAUACUCACAGCGAUGUCCUCUUCCAGUGGUCCACUGUCUGAGGAGCUUCAGUGCUCAAUAUGUCUGGAGGUGUUCACUGAUCCGGUCAGCACUCCAUGUGGACACAACUUCUGCAAGAGCUGUCUGAAUACAUACUGGAACAACAGCCAGACCUGCAGCUGUCCAUACUGUAAAGAAACAUUCACACAAAGACCUGAUCUCAAGAUUAACACCACACUCAGAGAGAUCUCUGAGCACUAUAAGGAGAAAAAUCCUGCAAAAAAGCCAAGAAUUAUGUGUGAAAUCUGUGAGGGCAGAAAGCUGAAAGCCCUGAAGUCGUGUCUGGUGUGUCAGAGCUCUUACUGUCAAACUCACCUGGAGCCUCAUUUGAGAGUGGCAGGAUUAAAGAAACACAAACUGAUGGAUCCUGUGAGGAAUCUGGAGGACUAUAUAUGUCAGAAACACGACAGACCUCUGGAGCUCUUCUGUAGAGAUGAUCAGACGUGUGUGUGUUCAUUCUGUACUGUGAAAGAUCACAAAAACCACAACACUGUUCCUCUAGAAGAGGAUAUUGAAGAGAAGAAGACUGAACUGAUGAAGACACAGAAAGACGUGCAGCAGAUGAUCGAGGACAGAAUCAAGAAGAUUCAAGACAUCAAACACUCAGCAGAAGUCAGAAAAAUAUACUCAGAGAAGGAGAAAGCAGCUCAUGUGGAGAUCUUCACUUUUCUGAUCCGCUCUAUUGAGAGAUGUCAGACUGAACUGCUGGAGAUGAUGGAGGAGCAGCAGAAAGCAGCAGAGAAACAGGAGGAAGAGCUGAUUGAAGAGCUGGAGCAGGAGAUCACUGAGCUGAAGAUGAGAAACACUAAGCUGGAGCAGCUCUCACACACUGAAGAUCACCUCCACCUCCUACAGAGUUACUCAUCCCUGCAGAGCAGACCUGCAGACACCAGGAACUGGCCUGAGAUCAGUCUGAAGACUCAGGAGAAUCUGGAGACUCUGAGAAAAACUUUAGAUCAUCUGAAGGACACUGUAGAGGAGAAACUCAGUCAAGCUGUGUCUGCAGAGGUGAAGUGGGUGCAGCAGUAUGCAGUGGAUGUGACUCUGGAUCCUGAUACAGCUCAUCCUGAAAUCAUCCUGUCUGAUGAUGGAAAACAAGUGAAACAUGGAGACAUCAGACAGAAACUCCCAGACACUCCACAGAGAUUUGAUAGAUGUCCCUGUGUCCUGGGAAAGGAGGGAUUCUCCUCAGGGAGAUUUUAUUUUGAGGUGCAGGUGAAGGGAAAGACUGACUGGACUUUAGGAGUGGUCAGAGAAUCCAUUAACAGGAAGGGAUCCAUCACAGUGAGUCCCAGUAAUGGAUUCUGGACUGUGGUUCUGAGGAAUGGGAAUGAAUAUAAAGCCUUUGCUGGUCCCUCUGUCUCUCUGUCUGUGGGAGUGAAUCUGCAGCGGGUCGGUGUGUUUGUGGAUUAUGAGGAGGGUUUGGUCUCCAUUUAUGAUGUGGAGUCCAGCUCUCAUAUCUACUCUUACACUGGUCAGACUUUCACUGAUAAACUCUAUCCAUUUUUUAGCCCACAUCUAAACAAUGGAGGUAAAAACUCAAACCCACUGAUCAUCACACCUCUCCAUUAUAAUAAAUGAAUUCAUACCCCUAAUUUUAAAUAUUACAUGUUAUUAUAUAAUUGUUUAUUUUUUUUAAGUUUUGCAACCGAAAACUGUUGAAACUCUGAGAAGUAAAAUCUGAAACUGUUUAAUUUUGUUUUCUCUUGUCACCUUCUGCAAAGUAAAACUGAUAAUCUUUUCAUCUGAAUAAACAAUAAAGAAUGUUCACUGACAAA